ACAAUAUUAUUCAAAAGAGUGAUCAUCAUAUACAGAAAAAAUGAAAACACCAGCAGUCUGUCUUAUUUUCUUGCUCUCUGUUAUUCUGUUCAAGGGUUCCCGUGCAGAGCCAUACGAAUACCUACAGUUUGUCUUGCAAUACGCUAGAGGUUACUGUGUUAACGUCAAGAAAUGUAUUCCACGGGCGAGCUUGCCGGCCAAAUUCACGGUUCAUGGAAUUUGGCCCACGAAUAUUUCCAAGACGGUGAUCGAGUGUACAGCUGCCGAGAAACUACACUCGUUCAACAGAACACUGAUAACACCGUCGCUGGAAACCGAUCUUCUCCAAUCUUGGCCCAGCGUCCGGACAGAUAAAGAUAAUAUGACUUUUUGGAAACACGAAUAUAAUACACAUGGGUCCUGUACUGCACCAGCUAUCACUCAGACAGCGUAUUUUGAGAGAGCUCACAAGUUCUGGAAGGAGUAUGAUCUCUAUUCUGUUUUGGAACAAAAAAAAUCAAGCCGGGGCCGUCUCGAUGGUAUUCACUGGCUGAUUUUCAAGCAGCCGUCCAGUCCAAGAUUGGUACCGACAAAAUACCUCUCAUCCUGUGCAAGGAGACCGCAUUAACUCGUGGGAGCGGAACAACUGAAUUAAUUCUGAGGGAAAUAGUUAUCUGUUUCGAUCACCAGGGGACAA